AUGUUGUAUUUCUACUACAAUAAUAGCGCAGACGAGCACACAAUACGCGCCCUAUCGUCCCCACCGCAUACAAUUGAUAAGAAAACUUCUAUAAAAGUAACAAAGCGCAUAAGGAGCAAUACAGACAACAACCACAAUUUGAAAUUAACAUUGUAUCAGUAUCAGUCCUGUCCUUUCUGCUGUAAAGUUCGGGCCUACCUGGAUUUCAAAGGACUCUCAUAUGACAUAGUAGAAGUAAACUCAGUCACACAGAAAGAAAUAAAAUGGUCAUCUUAUAAAAAAGUCCCAAUACUAUCCUGUCGUAUUGGGGACAAAGAAGAGGUACAACUAAAUGACUCAUCAGUCAUCAUCAGUUGUCUCGAAACGUAUUUCUUGGAGAAACCACCGAAUCAGUCUAUAGAGAAAGUAGCUUUAUAUUAUCCAAGUUAUGAAGUAAAGAAUGUUAAAGGGAAGAUGGUGAUGCAAUUUGAGAACAAGUACUCCAUCAUGUAUGGCGCUGACAAGAAAGUUCCAGAUGAUCAACAGAAAGUUCAAAGAUGGCGUGAAUGGACGGACAACAUGUUAGUCCAUAGGAUUUCACCAAAUAUCUAUAGAUCUCCAAUGGAAGCUUAUGAUACCUUCCAGGUUUUUGCCAAGGAGAUUUUUGGGACCUUCCAUACAAACCUCAUUGUCAUAGUUGGCUCUGCCGCCAUGUACUUCGUCGGGAAAAUCUUAAAACGUCGUCACAAACUUCCUGAUGAUGUCAGAGACAGUUUAUAUGAAGCUUGCAACGAAUGGUGCAGAAACAUCUCCUCCACAGAUAAGACAAGCAAAGAACAGAAAAAAGACACUAUAUUCAGUCCUAAAUUUACCAAAAACACUACACUUGAGAAGGAAAUAUUUUACGGAGGUAAGGAACCGAAUUUGGCGGAUUUGGCAGUGUACGGGGUGCUGAACGCCAUGGAGGGUACGGCCGCUUUUAGUGAUGUGCUGAAUCAUACGCCCAUCGCUAGGUGGUUUUACGCAGUUAAAAGUGAAAUUAAUUCGAGAGCCGGAAAACGAUUGAAGGAUGGUGACGUCGACAAGUAUGCCGGAAGUGAUGACGUAAUCGUCGGUGGAAAAGCUGGAAGUUCUGUCGGCUAA